ACGGUGCCUCAGGGUGCCAGCUAGUUCAAAGAAGGUUGCCCUGGACAUCCGGACAUUCUUCAGCCAGUCCUCAUUGAUCCAUGUGGCCAUCACCGUGUUGGUCCACCAGUCCUCACUCCUGUCUUUCACCCACCAGCGUCGCGGGACUAUAUGGGCAGCAAUGACAGGAAUUCAAAGUGAUAGCCUUCAGGAUUUCCUCUCUGUCUCAACUGUGGUGCAGUUGGAAGAGGAACUUCAGCACAGAGAUCCAGAGCCUACUCAGUUUCCUGGGACUUUACUGGGGACUUCUCAAGGGGGAAUUUCCCUGACUUUUGUGAUCCCCAAGCAUCAGUAUAAGCAGCCAGCAGGGAGAAAGAGAAAACAAUUGUAUUUAUCCACUCAAUGCCCCCCAACAGGCAGAACACUGAACCCCAGAACUUCCUCCACAAGCAAAAAAAAAUACACAUGCACUGAUUGCAGGAAAAUCUUCAAGUCCAAUUAUGAAUUUAUUAGACAUCAACGAAUCCAUACAGGAGAAAAACCAUAUGAAUGCACAAAGUGUAGGAAGAGAUUUAUACGGAAGGAUCACUUGCUGAAACAUGAGAGCAUCCACCGAAAAGUGUGUUCGUAUAAGUGCCGAGUGUGUCAGAAGGUCUUCCGAUGGCUUACACAUCUUCAGUCUCAUCAAAGAACCCACAGGCAAGAAAGCCGUUUCACGUGCCCCACAUGUGGGAAAUCUUUUUCUAAGAAAGGUGAUUUGAAUAGGCACCAGAGGAUUCACACAGGAGAGAGACCCUAUGGAUGUCUUGAAUGUGGGAAAUCUUUCCAACGGAAGGAGCACCUUAUGUAUCAUAAGGGAAUCCACAAACAAGAAGGUCCUCACAGAUGCCCCAACUGUGGGAAAAGUUUUCACCGAAAGGGACUGCUUGUGUCACACCAGAGACUUCACACUGCAGAGAAACCCUUUGCAUGCUCUGUGUGUGGAAAGGCAUUCCGAGAAAGAGCAUAUUUAAACAAACACCAGAAAAUUCACAUGGCCGGAAGGUGCUAUAAAUGCUUGGAAUGUGGGAAAAGUUUUCUCCGAAAGAAGUCACUUCAGAUACAUCAGAGAAUCCAUACCAAGGACAACCUGCACAAGUGCCCUGAAUGUGGAAGGGCUUUCUGCACCAAAUCAGAACUCAAGAAACAGCAGGGAAUCCACACAGGAGUGAAACCCCAUGAAUGCUUGGACUGUGGGAAACGUUUCCGUCGAAAGGAUUAUCUAGUAACGCACCAGAGAACUCACACCGUAGAAAAGCCCUAUGCAUGUCCUGAGUGUGGGAGAGCCUUCUCUGCAAAAGAACAGCUGAAAAAACACCAGAGAAUCCACACAGGGGAGAAACCCUUUGCAUGCUUAGAGUGUGGGAGAUGCUUUCUACGUAAGGAAUCCUUAGUGAAUCAUCAGAGAAUCCAUACUGGAGAGAAACCCUAUGAAUGCCCUGAGUGUGGAAAAUGUUUUUGCAAGAAGGGGUUACUUGUGGCACAUCAGAAAAUUCACAGUGGAGAAAAGCCUUUUCUGUGUCCUGUCUGUGGAAAAACCUUUUCUCAAAAACAAGUGUUGAUGUCACACCAGGGAAUCCACACAGCAGAGAAACCGUAUCAAUGCCCUGAGUGUGGGAGAGAAUUCCAACGGAAGGAAUAUCUCCAGGUUCACCAGAAGAUCCACAAGGAAGAGAGAUCUUAUGGAUGCUUGGAGUGUGGGAAAUCUUUCCACAAAAAGGGGAUACUUGUCUCACACCAGAGAACUCAUACAGGAGAGAAACCUUUUGCAUGUUCUGAGUGUGGAAGGUGCUUUGGUGAAAGCAAAGUGUUGAAGAGGCACCAGAGAAUCCACACAGGAGAAAAACCUUAUAAGUGCCUGGAGUGUGGGAAAAGCUUCCUACGAAGUGACGCACUUGUUGAGCAUCACAGAAUCCACACUGGAGAGGAACCCUAUGAGUGUCUAGAGUGUGGGAAAAGAUUUCGAGCACGGAGGAAGUUGGUGGCUCACCAGAAACUCCACAAAGGAGGGACAAGGUGUUGAAGCCCUGAAUUGGAAAAUGGUUUUCCAAGUAAAUAACCUUCCCGUAUACAGGAGAAAACCCCAGGACUGUCUCAAGUUAAGAAAAACGUUUUAUGAAUGAUGCGGGAGGGGGCAUUAUUCAGUGGUACAGAAUCUGCUUGGCAUGCAGAAGAGGUCCCAGAUUCUGUCUCCAGUUAAAAGAUUGGGUAGUGGGUGAUCUGAAAGGCCUUAGACCCCUGGAGAACAGCUGCAAGUCACGAGUGCAGGAUACCAGCCUUGAUAGACAGUGGUCUGUCUCAUUAUAAGACAGUUCGUAUAUAUGUGUAUGAAAACACAGUUCGAAGUCCAG